CUUUUUCUUUUUCUUUUUUUCCCCCCCCCCCGUGUUGGGGGAGGUUGCUGCUGCUUCUGCUGGCGGCAGCGUUUUCUCCUGCUGGAGGAUGAUGAAUGCGUGAGGAGAGAGGCUCUGAGCCUGCUUCUCUGCUGCGGGAGUGUCUCUCCCUCCCUCUCUCUCCCUCUCCCGGUUCCUGUGUGUGUGUUUGGCUCCCUGGCUGUGUGUGCGUGUACACUGUGUAUAUAUAUCUGAGCUGGGAGGUUACUGCAAGCUUCUCUCAGCAACGCUGCUCUGUGCAGGAAGAAGGGCUCAGCUGCAGUGGUAGCAUUAACAGCAGCAUUAGCAGCACCAACAGCUUUUCCUUCCUUUCUCCCUUCCCUUCAUCCCCAUCUCCCUUUCCUCCCCUCCUCCCUUUGGGGGGGUUGCUUUUUUGAUUUUUAUUUUUCUCUCCUCAUACAAACCUUGUUAUUUGAUACUUUGCGGCUUUUUUUUCCCCACUGAGGAGGGGACACACACACACACACACACAUUCACACAGAGCAAUAAGGGAAAGAAAAGUAUCGGGACUUAUCCUGCUGCUGCAAACCCAGAGAUAGCAGACGAAGAGAGGGGUUGGCUUCUACCCCAAGGUAAAGCCCUGCCCCUCUUACCUCCUUGCCACCUCCUCCAAGAAAGAGAAGGCGAGAGAGAGAAGGGGGCAAAGUGGAGAAAAGCAGGUCUUCAGCGGCUGGCAUUUGGAGUACAGGGAGCCAGGAAGUGAAGGAUGGUUGUGGUUACCCGAGCUGGCUGCAGGGCAGCUCUCUUCCUCUGGAUUUUCAGCAGCAUUAGCUGCAGAGCCAGGACUGCUCUCCCUGCAUCUCAAAAAUGCGAUGAACCUCUGGUCUCCGCGCUACCCCACUCUUCCUUCAGCAGUUCAUCAUCUAUGACAAGUAGCUAUGUGCCAGGAUAUGCCAAGUUAAACAAAAGAGGAGGUGCUGGAGGUUGGUCUCCGUCUGACAGUGACCACUACCAAUGGCUCCAGGUGGAUUUUGGGAGCAGGAAGCAGAUCAGUGCCAUCGCAACACAAGGCAGAUACAGCAGUUCUGACUGGGUCACCCAGUAUCGGAUGCUGUACAGCGAUACAGGGAGGAACUGGAAGCCGUACCACCAGGAUGGAAAUAUCUGGGCAUUUCCUGGAAAUACAAAUUCUGAUAGUGUGGUCCGGCAUGAUUUACAACACCCAGUUAUUGCUCGCUAUGUACGUAUAGUUCCUUUGGACUGGAAUGGAGAGGGCCAAAUUGGGCUGAGAAUUGAGGUCUACGGCUGCUCUUACUGGGCUGAUGUUAUCAAUUUUGAUGGCCAUGUAGUGUUACCGUACAGAUUCUGGAACAAGAAAAUGAAAACACUGAAAGAUGUCAUCUCUCUGAAAUUUAAAACCUCUGAAAGUGAAGGUGUAAUAUUCCACGGAGAAGGACAGCAAGGAGACUAUAUCACCUUGGAACUUAAAAAAGCCAAACUUGUUCUUAAUUUGAAUUUAGGGAGCAACCAGCUUGGUUCUAUUUAUGGCCACACAUCUGUGAUGACAGGCAGCCUCUUAGAUGAUCACCACUGGCACUCCAUCAUCAUAGAGCGCCACGGCAGAAAUAUCAAUCUCACCUUGGACAGGCACAUGCAGCAUUUCAGAACCAAUGGAGAGUUUGAUUACCUGGACCUCGAUUAUGAGAUAACCUUUGGAGGUAUGCCUUUUUCUGGGAAGCCGAGUUCUAACAAUAGGAAGAAUUUCAAAGGCUGUAUGGAGAGCAUCAACUACAAUGGUAAUAAUAUCACUGACCUUGCCAAGAGGAAGAAAUUGGAACCUUCUAAUGUGGGAAAUUUAAGUUUUUCUUGCGUGGAGCCACAUACAGUACCUGUCUUUUUCAAUGCCACCAGUUAUCUUGAGGUUCCUGGUCGUCCAAGCCAGGAUCUGUUUUCGGUCAGUUUCCUAUUCCGAACCUGGAACCCCAGUGGACUUCUUGUCUUCAGCAACUUUGCAGAUGGGCUGGGGAAUGUCGAGAUUGAUAUAAAUGAGGGCAAAGUCAGCGUCCAUAUCAAUGUCACCCAAGUCAAGAAGAACCGAAUAGACAUCUCAUCAGGCUCUGGUCUCAAUGAUGGGCAGUGGCAUGAAGUCCGAUUCCUCGCUAAGGAAAAUUUUGCAGUCCUCACCAUUGAUGGAGAUGAAGCUUCAGCCGUUCGAACAAACAGUCCUCUGCAAGUUAAGACAGGAGAGAAAUAUUUCUUUGGAGGGUUUCCUGUACAGAUGAAUGACUCCGAUCACUCGCUAUUUCAACAUUCGUUUCAAGGAUGCAUGCAGUUUAUUCAUGUGGACGAUGAGCUGGUGGACUUACAAGCAGUGGAGCAAGGCAAGCUGGGAAGCUUUGCCAAUGUCACCAUUGACAUGUGUGCUAUUAUUGACAGGUGCGUGCCCAAUCACUGUGAACACGGUGGCAAAUGCACCCAGACAUGGGACAGCUUCAAGUGCACUUGUGAUGGAACUGGAUACAGUGGCGCCACUUGUCAUAACUCUAUUUAUGAACUUUCCUGUGAAGCAUACAAACACUUGGGCAAAACUUCAAAUAACUACUGGAUAGAUCCAGAUGGCAGUGGGGCCCUGGGACCUUUGAAAGUUUACUGCAACAUGACAGAGGAUAAAGUAUGGACAACUGUAUAUCAUGACCUGCAAAUGCAGACUUCUGUGGGAGGCAACAGUCCAGAGAAAUUAUCUGUACUGCAGCUCAACUACAGUGCAACUAUGGACCAGAUUUCUGCCAUCACCAGUAGUGCUGAGUACUGCGAGCAGUUUAUCUCCUAUUCUUGCAAGAUGUCCCGGCUGCUGAACACACCAGAAGGGAAUCCAUACACCUGGUGGGUCGGAAAAGCCAAUGAGAAGCACUACUAUUGGGGCGGAUCAGGACCUGGCAUUCAAAAAUGUGCCUGUGGCAUUGAACGCAACUGUACUGAUCCCAAGUACUACUGCAACUGUGAUGCUGACUACAAGCAAUGGAGAAAAGACACUGGGAUGUUGUCAUACAAAGAGCACCUCCCAGUGAGUCAAGUGGUGGUGGGAGACAUUGACCGACCUGGCUCCGAGGCCAAGAUAUCUGUGGGUCCCGUUCGUUGUCAAGGAGAUUGGAACUACUGGAAUGCUGCUUCUUUCAUUACUUCCUCCUCCUACCUGCACUUCUCCACGUUCCAAGGGGAAACCAGCGCCGACAUCUCUUUCUACUUCAAAACAUCAGCCUCCGACGGAGUGUUUCUUGAGAACCUGGGGAACACGGACUUCAUCAAACUGGAGCUGAAAUCUGCUACAGAGGUUUCCUUUUCAUUUGAUGUUGGAAAUGGACCUGUGGAAAUCGUCGUCAGGUCUCCCAGCCAGCUUAACGAUGACCAGUGGCAUCGGGUCAACGCGGAGAGGAAUGUCAAACAGGCCAGCCUGCAGGUAGACCAGUUGCCCCUGGAGGUGCGGAAAGCACCAACAGAAGGACACACACGCCUGGAACUGUACAGCCAGCUCUACGUUGGUGCUGCCGGAGGCCAGCGGGGCUUUCUAGGUUGCAUUCGUUCAUUGAGGAUGAAUGGGGUGACGCUGGACCUGGAAGAGAGAGCAAAAGUCACACUGGGGGUGAAGCCUGGCUGCUCUGGCCACUGCACGAGCUAUGGGAUGUACUGCGCAAACGGCGGCAAAUGCGUCGAGAAGUACAAUGGCUACUCUUGUGACUGCUCCAAAACGGCCUACGAUGGACCAUUUUGCAUAAAAGAUGUUGGGGCAUUUUUUGAAGAGGGAAUGUGGCUUCGUUACAACUUCCACUCCCCAGGGACCAGCAUGAAGGACUUAGUUAGCCGGACAUUAUUGAGUUCUACGGACCCUGAGACCACAGUGCCAGACCUCAACUUGAAUAAAGAAGAGCUCAGCUUCAGCUUCAGCACCACCAAGUCCCCUUGUGUCCUACUGUACAUCAGCUCCUAUACCCAGGACUACAUGGCAGUGCUUGUCAAGCCGUCUGGGAAUCUGCAAAUUCGGUACAGCCUAGGAGGCACCAGAGAGCCAUAUAACAUUGACGUUGACCACAGAAACAUGGCAAAUGGGCAGCCCCAUACUGUUAACAUCACGCGGAAUGAAAGGAACAUAGUACUCCAGCUCGAUCACUAUCCUCCAACAAGUUACAGCCUGCCAACAGCAUCUGACAUUCAGUUCAAUUCCCCAAAGGCACUCUUCCUAGGAAAAGUUAUAGAAAUUGGGAAGAUCGAUCAAGAUAUAUAUAAAUACAACACACCAGGAUUCACUGGCUGCCUAUCAAGAGUACAGUUCAACCAGAUUGCUCCACUCAAAGCAGCUCUGAGACCUACGAACGCCUCUUCUCACGUCCACAUUCAAGGCGAACUAGUAGAAUCCAACUGCGGAGCAUCUCCACUGACAAUCCCACCAAUGUCGGCCGCUACAGACCCAUGGCACUUGGAUUCGGCCAGUGCUGAUUUCCCAUACAAUGGUCAAGCUAUAGGAGAUGGAGUUAACAGAAACUCUGCCAUUAUUGGAGGCGUCAUCGCUGUGGUGAUCUUCACCAUCCUCUGCACCCUGGUGUUCCUCAUCCGCUACAUGUUUCGCCACAAGGGCACCUACCACACCAACGAGGCCAAAGGGGCCGAGUCAGCCGAGAGCGCGGACGCAGCCAUCAUGAACAAUGACCCCAACUUCACGGAGACCAUCGAUGAGAGCAAAAAGGAAUGGCUCAUCUGAGCCCGUGGGGCCGGGGCGCGGGUGGCACCAGCCGGGCCGGGGGGUGGGGGGGACUCUUUUGGUGAGGAGAGAAAACUGCUUCGGACUCUUGAGCACAUGUAUGGUAAAAAGAUCAGCACAACUGGAGGAGCAAGUGACAGAAGAAAAAAAAAACAUUGAGACUGGAGAAAAAAACAUAAAAGAAUAUUGCAAGCAUUUAAAAGAAAUACUUUUUAAUAUUUAUUUACAGCAAAUUGCCCCUUCUGUAUCCAAACAACUACAACAAAGAGCGGCUUUACAGCUUCAGCAUUGGUGAAAGUUUCCAGUAAUACCUGUCUCUUUCUGUGUGCGUGUAGAGGUGUUCUGAGUGCCCGUGACGAUCAGGAGGGCCGGUUUUUUACAUUUUUUUAAAAGCUGUUUAAAACGUGGAUAGUUCUGUCCCGAGACCAAGUGGCAGAGCGCUGUUCUUGGCAUUGUUUUUUUUUUUUUUUUCCUUCGUGGCCAGUCACUUCCAGGCAGGUUGCCGUAAUCCCUGACUGUCAUCGCAUAAAGUUUCGUUUUGGUGCCGUUUGACCCCGGGGUUGAGGGUGGGGUGGGACAGGGAGGAGCGGGUUGGUGCUUAAUGCAAACCCAAUUGCCAGUUGGUUCAAAAUGCCAUCAGCGGGUGCCAGCCCUGUCGGAGACCAGCCUUUUGACCCAAGCGCUUUGUUGGUUGUGUACACGACACAGUGUAAAAUACUUUUUUUACUCAGUGUAAAAAUACUGUUCUCACUACCACCAACACCACCAGAGUGGAGGAGUACCACAGAGCACAGGACGCUUUAGCUUUCUGUUAUUGUGUUGGGCUCUGGGGGACGACGAUGCUGUGCAAGUCCAUAGAUGUAGCCUGUUUCCGUAUCUUUGGCUGUGCCACUGGUGAGCCAAGGCUGGGUUAAACUCAGCUCUGCCCGUGACAUGUUGCCGUAUCCCGUACCUAGACAUAACCGUUAUAGUAGGGAAUUAACGCCAGACCUUGUUUGCUUCUCUUUCUUUUUUAUAGGCUGUCACAGAAAUAUUAGUACAGCUCUAGUGAAUGCGUUUAAGCCAGCGGGCUUCACGUAAUAUUUUUUCCAGCUUCGGCAUAGCAAUUUGUUCUUUAAAUGUUUUGUUUCGACCCCUUUGGGAAGAAAGCCGCUGUUAACAGUGUCCUCUCAGGCAGGAAGGUGAAACAAAAGAAGCUCGAAAACUCUGCCUGGAGAGAAAAUGAGAAACACACAGUGCUAGAAGAGAGUUAAUUUUCAAUCCACAGAUUUGCCUGAAUGAUUUUAGUCUCUUAAGGCAUUUUUAAGAACGGCAAGGACAAUAGCAAGUGCAGCAGGGAUCGGGGUCACUCAGGCCAGGGGAGUUUGGCACCAGCUGAGAAGUAGGCAGGCAAUUUGGAGUAAUGGCGAGGGGGCGGCCUGAAGAGCUGAUAUCCUUGGAUGGCAAUAACGUAGCUUUAGCUUUGCCCUCUGCAUAGGAACACAGUUCUCCAGUGGUCUGGUUUGAUAGAAAUUUUAAGUCCUUAUGGGUAGUUUGCACAGCGGAACAGAAUAAAGAAAUGAAUGUAUUGCAAGGCAUUUCCUGGGCACUAGAAGCACAGCAACAAUACCGAGAGUUUCUCUUUAAAAGUAUUUAUGCCCAUGCGAGUUUUAGAUUUAUGUAAUCUUUAAUAUUGAUGGGUUUAGUAUGCACAGAUGUAAUCCAUUUUUGCGUGCAAGAAAGAUUUAUUUUUUAAAUUCAGACCUGCAAUCUGAUACACUGAGCAGAGCUGCCAUCUUUAAUUUCCUUCUCUCUUUGCUUUGUAUCUUUCAUUAUUCUAGUUGAUGCUAUAAAACCAAACCAAAAAAAAAAAAAAAAAGAUUUCAUGGCGGGGGGGUGGGGGGGGGAAAUAUUGGAGUCUUGCCUGGCAAGAACUUUGUAAGCCCAAUUGGUCAGAUAGGGAGACAAGACCAAAUAGUUUGAUUUUUAAGGAUGGUAGCAUUAAGUCCUCUUCUGGAUUGGCUGAACAUAGAUUUCAAACCAAAUCAAACCCAUUGAUUUCUUCAUUUUAUGAAUUUGGACUUAACAUAUAAAACACUGUCAAUUAAAAAGAAGUAUUGACUGUUCCUCAGGUAAAUAUGUGGCAGAGGGGUUCAGGUAGGAAUGAAAAAACCACCUUUGCCACUCUUGUGCUCUGCAGUCUGUUGCCUGGCCUCCAGUGUUAGCCUCUCCCUCUCUUGUGCUUAAUUGAGUGGAUGAGCCUUUAUCCUUGCUUAAUUAUGGGUGUAAGAUGAGUCUCUAUCCCUUGGAGAACAUUAAAACAUGGAGUGAAUCUAGCCUGCAGCACUAACUAUUCAGCAAGAUACUUCAGUUGUUUCAUGUCUCAAGCACAGAUGUCUUUGUGUGAUGGAAAAGAGAACUCUUUCAAUAUGAUGUUAUAUUUAAUUUGAUUUUUAAUGGUAUUUUGGUCCAUUCUCUAAAAAAAAAAAAAAGAAAGUUCUUGCCUAUAACUUAAGUUAUCAAGAGGAGGGAGUAUAUCAUCAUUUGCCUAGGCUGGGAUUUGGACUGAUCACUUUCUAAUCUGAAUGUAAUGUUUGAGAGGGGGACCACACUCGCAUAACCUGAGAGACAAGAAUCCUCUGAGUCUUCACAUGAGAGAAACAAACCUGGCAGCUGCUGGGCAGAUUUGCCAAGUCCCUCAGCAUAGAGCUAGCAGGGAGAUAUAAUUAGGUCUCUGCCUACCUGAGUCUUUGGCCAAACUACUGACAGUUGUCUGGGUUAUGGUGGUGAGGUCUGUGACAUCUACCCACUGAUUUUUCUAAAAGAGUACCAGCUAAUAUCUCACUACCCUGCAAGCAAGUAUCUCUAGAAGAUAACCUUGGACCAGUGCACGUGUGGAAGCUGUAAAUUAGUGUCUUAAAUUUGAAUGUUUUGGGGUUUGUUUCUUAACGGGGUUUAAGUUUCUUAAGUUGCAAGCUUCUGCGUCUCUUCAUUAAACUGAACAUCAGGGACCUCUUUAUGUGAAGUUAGUUAAUGCUGUGUUAAAAUGAUGAUAAUCUUCAAACUUGUCGUUAUUUUCCUGAUAAGUCACACUCAUAACUCUACGAGUGCUUUGAAUUAAUUGUUAGAAUUCUUACUACAUUAACAAUUCUGUAUCUCCUUAAAACUGGACCUUAGCCAUGAUAAUGUAGACUAGCAGCUGGUCUCUGUGUGGGCAUUUGAUGACUGUAGGUGACUGUCUGGCUGCCUGCUUCGUACUUCCAUUUUCAAGAAUGGUGUAUGUCUAAUUACAAGUGCUGGCCACUCAGCAACCUUAGGAAUGAAGGAGGAGAGGCUCAGAGAAGUAGCGUGUAUAUUUUUGCUAGCAUCGUAUAUACUCUGAGGACUUCUUCCUCUGUGUUUCUAUUAUUGGAGAUUAAAACAAGGUUCUUAGUUUACUUCACCCAUUCUUUUGUGCCAAAAAUCCUUAGUGUUUGACAAGUACUAUCCAUAUUCCUGUAGUGGGAAAAUCUGAUGAAGAGGAGAGUGGAUCCUGCUUUCAUGAAACUCUGUACUUUCCCCAAACAAUAUUAAAAUAAUCAGUCUUAUAUCAGCUGUUUUAAUUGCUUCACCUAUUUUCAGUGCAGAGGAAAAUAUAACUCCUUGUGCUAGCUGGGGAACUGAAGUGUGCCAGCUGUGCUUCUAAAAGGCCCGCUCCUGAUUCCACUGGAACCAAUGGCAAAAUUGCCACUAACUCUGAAGAGGGCAAGAUUGGGCUAAGAAUUAGGAGUCUCAGUGUUAGUGAAAUAAUGUAAGCAAUAUUUGGAUCCUCAUUCACACACAGAGACCAUCAGAUAAUGGUCAUGGAACUCCAAAGAGCCAAAAUACUGAAAAUCUAAUUUUGAUAUCAAUGCAGCCUUUAGGGGAAAACAACAUUCCAAUGUCUUGUUUUUUAAUUAAGGCACUCGGACACUGCUUAUUCCGUAUUUACUGAUAGCAAAUUCAGAUGUAUUGAAUAGGAAUAUGUAUCUUUAACUGGUACUAGAGUAUUUCUGCAUUGUAUUUUUGUUGUCUUAAACCUUGCCCCUACCCUUCAUAUCUCACAUAGCAGUUACCACUUCAAAGGUAUGGCAGCACUUUAAUAUCAUGCUCUAGCUGGCAUGGUAUAUAUGAAAGGAUAGUUGUUACCAAUUUACUAAGACUGUCAAAGCAGGAGUGUAUAUGUACAAGUUUAUUGUAGUGAUAAGAAUUCAGUUUAAAAGAGUCUAGUAAAAAAUUACAUUUUAAAUAAAAGUGUGUCCUUUAAUGGCAGAUGCAUCUAAUUUCCAGGGUAUCUACUGAAAUAUGAAGCACUCGCUGUUUGAUAAGCAAUAGCUUUUGAUAUGGUUUCUCCCUUAGAUUAUUUUACAUUCCAGAAAGCAUGGUGACUCUGUAAGGAUGUAAUUUUUGAAAAGCAGCACCUAAAUUCCAUUAAUUACAUUUGGUUAUCCAUCCUAGGGAAAUGAAACAGAAGCCUUACCUUCUAAAAGCAAAAGCAUGUAAAUUAGAAUGAAAGAAGGAAAAUAUGUAUGUACACCUAAUAUCUUCUGUGAAUGUCUUUCCUUUUAACUAAAGUUCUAUUAGAAAACAAAUUGGUGAAUAAAAAAAAAAGAAAAAUUCUAAAUAGUUUUAAUUAGCCUAACAUCUGUUUCCUUGUGCUUUGUACAUUCUGAUCAUUGUCUAUAAUUUUUCCUUCUCUAGUACCAGAAAAUCAGUUUGGAAAGGACAAGUAUCUGCCUCAUAAGAAAAGACACAAAGUGUGUGAAAUAAGGGGACUUCAGAAUGCAGUUACACAUAAGAAUGGAGGUUAAGCAAAACCGGGAAAGAAUUACGGACGUGCAUUUAGGUUCUUCCUACAUCGGGCAGCCCUGAUGGUAUGUUGUGGCUGAGAGUCUUGGGUCGUGUAAAUCCACACCUGUAGCAGUUGACCGAGAAUCUGAGCAUAGCGUUUUGAUACAGAGGAAAUGACUGCCUUUCUGGAGGUUUUUUCCCCAUUCUGACUGUUUGGCACAACAGCAGGACCAGGUUCUGCUACCGCUUCUGUUUGUUAUUGCAGUAUCUGCAGCGUUGCCUGCUUCGCAUGAGUUCCACUCUAAAAAUGACUCGCUGUGGGUCAUUUGCCUUCUUUUCCUCUGGUAGGGCUGUCCUUUCCUUUUAUGAAUGUGAAUUGAAGUCAUCAAGAAAAUGUAUGCACAGCUACAGACUUGGAUCUGCUUCUCUUAAUAAACUACCUUAUCAGGCUUUAAAAAAUUUGUAUAAGAAAGCAUUUUAUAAAAACUACAGUAAGUGCACUUGAGUAAAAGAGUGUGAAAUCUAGGCAAAGAUGCAUCAGUGCAACAACCACCAGAGUCAGCAGGACUGUGAUUGUCCCAACCUGUUGCUCUGUCUACAGGAUAAAUUGCCUUAACCACCGUUCCAAAGCCUUGGCCCUGUCCAAGACCUUAACGCGCCUUGCAGAAUAUAAUCGCGGUCAAGUCCUGCGAUGCCUUGUGAGCAGGUUUCGACUGUUUGUACUGACUGUUUUAAGCCUCAAAGGGGAACUCAGUCCCAGGGACCAAAGGAAUAUUUUUCAUUUAUAUAGGAAAGUCUUAGGGCAAAGAUAUUGGAGUGAAGGUUCUUCAAGUUUAAACCACUUUUGAUACUUGUGCACUGUGACACAAAGAAGCAAAGUCUUUGCUUCAUGCUGGUUCAGUGAGGCCACAAGUGUGGGCAGGUGCACAUUGAAAUACAAGGCCAUUUUGGAUGAGAUGUCUGCAGCUCUUGAGUGAUUACUGCCAUAGUGUAGGUAUACAGCAGAUAGCAUAAUCACACCGAACUUCUUUCAAAUCCAGGAGUAUGCAGUGCUAGCAGAGUCACUCGUACUUGAAAUUAAGUGCAAUUUUGGAGAUAAACUCAGACUUUGCCCUACAAUACUUCUCGUUCUACUUUAAAUGGAAGCAAACUUGGACCUAGUUGCCCCCAAAAAUAUUUAUUGAAGAAUCCAUAACACAAUUCUCUUUGUAGUACUCCAUUUGACUCUGACUUUCAUGUAUAGGUGGACUUCUUGAAGCACUAUGCUCUAAACCCUGAUUAUGCCAUCAGCUUACGAACCGGGAAGAAAAAUGGCUGAUAAACUCUUUAAAAAAUGUCACUUCGUAUAAAAAGGAAAUUCUGGUAUGAACAGAUCCCUAGGCAGAGAGUAUUUCUUUUGCAUAGUUUUCUAUUUUCAAAACAGUAUAUGAUUGAAGCGAACCAAUUAUUCUAAGUGGGGUAAAGCACAACCAGAACUGCUGCUGUAAAAAGGGGUUUGGGGUGAAGGUAUUCUGCAAAUAUAUUUAGAUCAAAUAACAAAUUUAAUGCAUCCUCUUCCUUCUGUGACACAUCAGCUUUCAAUAAUGUCUGAUUGUGCUCCUGCUAGUAAUUUUUUUAAAAUGGAAAACCAUCCAGAUUUAACAACCAAUAUGAGAGAAAAGUCUGUAUCCUUUGUUUAAGCACUUACUGAUGUUACUUCUCUGGUAUGUAACAGGGCAUAGCAAAUGGAUAUUUCUUCUAACUUGCAUUUCACAGAAUUAAUUCUAUUCUCUCUGAAUGCCAGAGAUGUAUUAUUACCAUAUUAAUUAUUAGAGCAUAAAGACAUUUAUACUGAUAAUAUUAACUAUCAUUCUGGAUUCUAGCAAAGGGCCACUAUAGUAAUAGUUUUUUAAUUGAAAAUUCAUGUCAAGGCAGGUAGAUGACAUUUUCUAAGAAACAUGAAUUAUAAAUUAUUGGAAUUACACAAUUUGAGGGAAAGUUUAGCAUGCUAAACAAUAAACGAUACCAGGAAGUUUCUUGUUGCCUUCCAGCUACUGAUUUAGGAUAGAUACAGUGAUAUGGCUGUUCAUAUACAAUGCUCAUACUUUUUUAGCCAAAGUAUUUGAGCUUUUUCUGUCAUUCAUGUGCUUUAAAAAGGCUGUGGCAAGAAUACAGUUGAAGGCAUGAAACUUAAGUGAGAUGUUCUAGGUGGCUGGUGGCAGAGCACAAAAUCACAGGUCUCGGGCUUUUCUUCUAACUCUUGGUCAGGCCUUGCUUCAAAGGCAAUUCAUAAGUGUGUUGCUGCUAGUCCCUGUCUAUUUUCCCCUUUCUCCCAUCCUUUCCCCACUGGUCCCAUUUUCCAGUCUGUAGGCUGUCAAGAAACUCUUAUUUAAGGCAGACUGGAAAGAGCCACUGGAGCAAGUCAACACAGUCUUGAUUCAGGCAGCAAGCAGUAACUUCAGGUGACGCAAGUCAGGCUGAAGCAGGCUUCAUCUGGAAAAUCCCCAGCCUAGCAGAUCUCUUACAUUCAGUCCUGGCUUUGAUUAGCAGUGGGGCAGCCAGCCAACUCUGUGCCAUUUUUUUAAAGCCACAUGCAAGUAUGUGAGAUAGAUAAACUAAGCUGAAUAAAGACAAGGCAAUCCUCACAUUUAUGCUAAUACUUAUUCUCUAAACUGAGCAUCCUCACAGCUGCUGUUAGUGUGUCUCUGAAGCAGUCUGACCUUGGCACAGUCCACAAAUCAUUCGCAGGCUGGUCCGAUAACCCAGUGUUGCUAGGUCUUAAAUAUCUGUAUUAGGUAAAUAUUUAAAAAUAAAUUUAUGGUAUGCCACAAUAAAGCACUGAUGUAUAUUGGGGUGACUGGACACCAUAUCAACAGAUAGUUGUACUUUAGGUUCUGUUAUAAAAUCAAGGCCUGCUUGCAGAGGGUUUUUUGUGUGUGUAACUUCAUUAACAUGAUCUUUAUCCCUGAUACAUAAACCGCUGCAACAGGGCAAGGUAACAGAAAGAAAUUCCUGUUAGAGCACACCCUGAAGCCCAGUGUAAUGUUCCUGGUGUAGGAAUAAAACGCUGUACAGAUCUAACUUCCCUUUGUCUGUCUUUCCCAACCCCCUACCCACCGCCCGAGGCCGAAUGGAAAGAAACUGGCUAAUAAACAGUUCUGUUUUUUGCCAUCUCUUCCUCUAGUUUAGAAAAGCCUCUUCUCACUGAUAAAUGCACCACCUUUUACUGCCAUGAUAUAACUCCUCCGCAGCUCUCAGUAACACUUGCUACUUUGACUUAUGCUGUGCUCUCUCACCUCCCUAAAACAUGACUAGUUUAGUGGAAAGGUUGUAUGCUGCUAACUCGUAUCACGUGUUAGAUUUGUAGCAGUUUUUCCUGUUUAUAGUACUCAGUGACUGAAAGUAAAAGUUUGUUUCCCACCAUCUUUGCAUUUGGGCCAAAAUUGCAGCCUUGUCUGGCAAAGAGAGUCUAAAAACAUGCCUCUACACUGCCUUCUGUUCAGCGUCCUCACCUUGUUCUCUUCAGUUCGUAUUUUUCCCAGGAGAUAUAAAUUCUAAAACAAAUGUCUGGCUGAAGCUAUCUUUCAUUUUCUUCCGGGGCACAAGAUGUCAGGAUUAAUCCUCAGAUGUACCUUUCCGUUGUGCUUCUGUGGCACAUAUAAAAGGCUAGUGGUAUCCUCUGAAGUUUUUUUAUAGCACCACUGUAAAGGCAUUGCCUCUAAUGGUUUUAAUCACUUGGAGCUUUAAAGGUCUAUCUCAACAGGGGCAACACCUCACCACUAUCACAGAUUUCAGCUAUUAGCAUGUCCAAGAAAAUUCUUAACAGUGUUUAUGAAAGAAUUUUGUUUUCAUUGGACCAGUAUCUAAUCUCACUUAGAUGGGAGAAAACCAAAACCUGCUUCUGUAUGUGGAGUUCCUGAGAUAUUAUACUGACUCUGUUGCAACUCCUACAUUGUGUCUGAUCUUUUGAAACCCCCAACUACUUAAGACACAGGAUCAAAGUCACUUCUGAAUAGAGAAGGCUAAGGCAUCACUUGAUUCCCAUUAAGUCUUACUUUGAAGCCCAGUGCAUUUGCUUUCCACAAACCUGCUUCGCAUGGUUGGUUUCAUUUCAUAUCUUGGUAAGGAAGGUCUUUAAUUCUGCUCCGCUCUUCAGUAGAUCAAGACAUAUCGGUGAGCUGUGCAGGUGUGACAUAAAGUAUCUUCAGUCUUAGCAAAACUUUCAUUGAGCAGCCGGAGUUCCUCUGACACAGUCGCUUAAUUCAGCACAAUAGUCCGGAAAGGCUUCAGCUCCUUGACAGCUCUGCCACCCUGUUUGACUACUGCUGAUUAACAGCCUGCUGGAAAGGAUCUGUACUGAUGUAAUCCUACAUGUAGAUGUUAACCUUAACGAACAGUGUUUCAUUCCAUGGGAAUCAAAUUAAUUCAGGGGGAUUAAAUAGAUUGUCCCAUUACAGAGUUUGGGAUGUGCUCAGUCUGAAGCUUCUUACUGACAUAUAUAUAGAGAUAUAUAUAGAUAAAUAGAUAUUUUUAUGGAGAUGUUUUAUAAGUGGCCUUUACUUUGUGCAUGGUAAUUAUUGCCAAACUGUUUUUAUUUAGGAGCUACAGAAUGGCUGAUGCUGCAGCCUCUGGAAAGUAACCACCUGUCUCUGUUGCAAGCGGGACCUGGGGUGCGGGCUUGUAUUUUGACUUUAUUACUCAGCUAUAAUUUGUAUGGUUUGGAUUUGGUUUUUGUCUCCGUGUCUUUUUUUUGUUGUUGUUUUCUCUCCUCAUUGGUGCUCAGUCUUUGAGAGUGGGAUUGAAGCCAUUUGUGUCAUAACUCUCCAGAAGCCCCUGCCAUACCAGUUUAGUGAGGUGCUGCUAUUUCUCUAGCUUUGCUUGGUAAGACAGCAACCUAGCACCAUCUGGGCUAUGGAUAUAGCCUAGUAGGUAGGAAAAGGGGUCAGCAGAGAGUAGGGCCUAAAUGAGGAUUCAGACAUAGAUUCGUAAACACAGCAGUAGCAAAACACUAACAAAAUUGCUACUGAGGCAGAUUGUUUUACUUCCAAUUUUCCUUUACUCCUUUUUUUUUUUUUUUAAAUACUUUCUGUCUGUAUGCCAUGCGUGAGUAAUCUGUAUCUACUGGCCAGCCAGCUCUCAACAGCUUGAGCUCUUGGUUAGAGAUGGAAAUGUAGCCUGUGCUUUCCUAUCUCACUCUUGCCACAACGUUGUUGUCAAACAGUCUGUACCCAGUAAAGGCACAGGACCAUUAGCGAUCAGUAAAGUUAAACCAGUCCCUCACCCCAUCCCUCCAAACCAGGUUGAAAGCCAGUCCCAGGGUUAUGUGCCUCCAACUCUGGCCCAGCUUCCUGGGGGGGUGAAACAAGAUGUGGUCUGUCUUCAUUUAUUCUAAUCCACAGGUUUUUUAAUUGAGCACAGUUUUUCCCAUGGGCAGAGAAAGCUUAAUCAGGAUAUGACAGUUAUUUAAACAAAAAUGUGUAUAUUAAAAAAAAAAUCCUAAUCUGAAAGUAUAGUGUAUCUGAGAUUCCUCUGUUAUAGACAUUUAGUCUACAGAUUUAUGGCUACAUUUGCUAUGUUAUGCUUGAAUAAACAUAUAAUUCAUUGAAAUACACAAGACUGAUAAAAGUAAUACAAUCUCUUUAAGGAGAAUAAACUGUUUGUAAAUUUAUAAAGAGUAUAAUCUGUUAGGCCUUAUUUGAAGUAUGUACUGUGGUUGGGUAAAAGUACAACAUUAAAAGAGCCUUGCCAGAUAAGGACUGA